AGAGCAUUGCGGCGAAUUCAUACUAAAACGAAAUUUAUUACUAUUAUUGUACGUAAAACGUAUAAUACCGCGAUUGUCAACCGUACAGACGCGAACGCCGAUCGCGACGAUCUCCGUUUCCCGACAAUUCGUCGACCGUACUAGACCUAAUUUAUUGUAAUCGAACGCUCUUGUGAAAUAAUACAAAAUACCUACUGUACCGUUACUAUCAACUGCGCGCCGGCGACGUUAUCUCACCUUCGUUUUUAUUAUCUUUUUUACCGUUCGCCGUUCGCGACAUGGCCAUUCACGCUCGGCGAAUUGAUAGUUAUGAUACCCCGGUGCACGAAUUAGUGCUCUCCGUGUUCUUUCUACACGGGGUGAUGCUCACCCUCAGCUUGUUGUUCCGCUACCGUAUACUGUUCAAGCUGCUCGUCAUUUUACUGAUGCUGAUACUCUUGAUGUUCAUCGACGGUUUCGUGACCAACCGCAGUUACAACUACACGACCAGGUUGAGAAAGAGGCAGUUGAAGAAGACCACCACUGGUUGACCGCGCGCCAUGGACGCGACGACAUCGACGUGUCCCGAGGAUGACGCCAAACCGUUAUUCCGCAAGGGGGUCGACUACGAACGCGAGGGUCUCCACUACGAGGCGAUGCGUUGCUACAAACGCGCGCUGAAGUUGGACCCAAACGUCGAGAAGAACAUUGCUGACGAAGACUUAGUCUCUCGCUUUUCUUCUAUGGACACGACUGGUGACGAAAACACUGUAAGUGACGAAUGCGAAGACGAAUACGAUAACAAGGAAGACCUCUUCUUGAGAUUUCAGAGAAUAAUGGGACCUCAAAUAUGCUUUCCAGAGUGUACACAAUCGACCACCCACUUUUCAGACCUUCCGUUCGAGCUUGUUCUAUACAUAUUUAGAUUCGUCGUGUCUUAUAACCUUGAUCUACGUAUGUUAGAACAGUGUGCAGCUGUUUGUCGUGGUUGGUACUUGUGUGCCAGAGAUCCUGAGUUGUGGCGUCGAGCGUGUUCAAAAUUUUGGCCUUCAAAUGUCAAGGAUAUAGUACAGUAUAACGGAAGUUGGCGACAAAUGUUCAUAGAACGACCCAGUGUACUGACAAUUGGUUGUUACAUUAGUAAAAUAUCUUAUGUACGAAGAGGUGAAGAAUCGUUUGUAGAUAAUUCUAAUGGACGUUCUUUUAAUGUUGUUUAUUACAGAUACUUAAGAUUUUAUUCUGAUGGCCGUGUCGUAAAGGUGCAGUCUGACGAUCAUCCGUCCAAAGUAGUACCAAAAUUACAGACAAGAGAGUCAAGAAUAAGAGCACCUUAUAAAGUUUACCCCGGGCACUAUAGAUUGUCAGGUAAGCAAUUAUUCGUGACUCUUUAUAGUGAAGUUGAACUCCCCCGAGGAUUCCACAGACAACUUGGUUUGGAUAAAAACAACCAGCGGAAGACUACUUUUAACAUGGUUUUAGAAAUUUCAAAAUACAAAUCCAAACAUAACUGGAAAUUAAGAUGUACAGAUUAUGAAAUAAUUUAUAAAAAUAGUGUUAAUAAAGUAAUGGUUACCAAGUAUGAUUUAUCUAAUAAUCGUCUUCCACCAUUUAUAUUUUCUCGUGUGAAAUGCUACGGUGAUGAAUUACAUGUAUUAUAAAACAAGUGUGUUACUUAAUAAAUUAAUAUAAUGAGCUCUACAAAGCAUUUGAAACUGUCUAUAAGUUUUUUGUUUAUUAUGGUUGAAUCUUGAAUUUAUUAUGUGUUAUUGUCUAUUAUUUAAAAUAAGUAAAAUAAUUAAAAUAAAUUGUGUAUUGAUCA